AUGGCACCACAGCAAGCUAAACCCUCGGCACCUGCUAGUCGGGAGUCAGCCGCCCCGACCGAUGACCUCCCAGUCGGCCCUCCGUCGGGCCUUUCGGCGAUACCUUCGCAGUACAACUCCGAACAGGGACUCCGGCAGAGCAUGAAGCAGAUAGCCUACGACGAGGCGCGAGAGGAUGGAUACCGGCUGAAGGGCAUUCAACUGAUUGACGGCGUUCGACAAGGCUUGCAAUUGCCGGUCAAGACGUUCGACACGGCGGCGAUAUACUACCACAAGUUCCGCGUACGGUUCCCGAGCAACGAAUAUAAUUACGAAGAUGUUGCUCUGGCGGCAUUGUUUGUCGCCUGUAAGGCUGAAGACACCAUAAAGAAGUCGAAGGAGAUUCUCUGCGCGGCGCACAAUCUCAGGCAACCCCACGACCACAAAACACCAGAUGACAAGAUAUUCGAGGCCCCGUCUCGCUUCACUGUCGGGCUGGAGCGGCAUAUUUUGGAAACAAUCGGGUUCGACUUUCGGGUCCAGUAUCCUCAGAAGCUUCUCAUAAAGAUGGUCAGGAAGGCGUUUCCGCAUGAGGAUAGCGCCGCCCGGGAGGAAGGCAAGAAGUUUCUCCGUGUCGCUUACAACAUGUCGAUCGACCUUUACAAGACCUUUGCACCCAUCAAACAAGCCACCUUCACACUGGUACUCGCCAUCCUUGAACUGACGGCCCUUCUCCUGGACACCGACUCGGACAAGAUGAGAGAGUUCGGGAGCCCCGCUGACUGGCACAGCCAAAGAGCAUGCGUGCUCGAGACCAUGUUAGAUUUGCUGGAUUUGUAUACGCAAUUCCCAAAAUCCACCAAGGUUGGGCCUCAACUUGCCGUCCAAAAAGUGAUGGAUGUCAAGAUCGACAUCAACAAUAUCGUGGCCAAGGAGAAGCAUCGCCGUUAUCACGGGUGGUGCGAUCGAUGCGCACCGGACGUGGUAGACACUCGAUCCGUCACACCCGGCUCAGCCACGUCACCGGCAACAAACCCUUCGCUUCCGGGGAGUGGGUCAACGAAGCGCAAGAGGGCCCCCAGCGAAGGGACGCAGCGGUUUGUCUUUGAUGCCGACGAAGCGCGGAAGGAAAAGGAUUUGGUCAAUCGCCACUUCAACGACGAAUAUGAGGAACAUGAGGUCGAGGUCGAAGAGACGAUUCGCGACCCAGAACCACGGCAUCCGGGCCGAAGCAACCAUUCCUAUCGCGGUCACGGUCACAACCAAGCAGAUUACGGGUGGCCCAGCCAUCAUCGGAGUAGCAGGCAUGGGCAUCCGGGUGAUAGACAUAGAAGCCGACGUGGGCAUGGCUAUUGA